AGUCCCUGCACAGCCUUUGUUUUAGUUUUCCUAUUCAUUUAGUCUGCGCUCACAGAAUGGCCGCCAGUGCACCGAACUUCUCACCCUCCCUCACCCUGGCAGGGAUGGAUUACAUAGCUCCCUCCGCUGCGUGUAUUAAACCAACGCUGAUCAACGGCGCAGCAGCCGCGGGUGGUGGUGGUGGUGGUGUCGCUGGUGGAAGGAAAGGCGGUGCUUCAGCCGCUUCUUUGCCUGCCGUGACACCAGGCGGCAGCGGCAGCGGCAGCGGACACGCCGAUGUCGUCAAGAUAACCUUGCAAGACUGUUUGGCUUGUAGUGGCUGCGUGACGACUGCCGAGACGGUGCUGGUGAACGCGCAGAGCCGAUCGGAGAUUAUCACAACGCUGUUGGGCACGUCGCCCGCUUCACGGCCGGCCGGAGCGACGUCCAACGCAACCUGCAGGCAAGCCUCCUCCCGGGCGAGGUUGGUGAGUAUAAGUCCUCAAUCCUGUGCCUCCCUCGCGGCCUACGUGCGUCUGUCGAUGGACGAAACAUAUGCCUUGAUCUCGGGGUUUCUCCAUACGGUGCUGACGCCGGCGGGGCUGCAGGCACAAGCCGCAGCGGCACCCGAGAGUACGCUACAACGCAGCGCGGAGGACUCUGGAAAGAGGAGUGCUCCGGGAGACGAGGAGGCGUCGACUCCAACAUCCGGUCCGGCCUCGCACGUCUCCUCCUCCGUCACCUCUCCACCGAUUUAUGUCAUUGACUUGGAGUGGGCGGAGCAGCUCUCUGCGGCGCUGACAGCGCAGGAGUACACGCGGCGCCGCGACGAGGCCCCCGAGACGCUGCCGAUGAUCGUGUCCGCUUGUCCGGGCUGGGUCUGCUACUGCGAAAAGCAAGGCUCUGUGCUGCUGCCACACCUGUGUCCGGUGAUGUCCGCCCAAGGCAUCGCCGGCAGCUACGCGAAGCGCACGGUGGCGCCAGACUUGUAUCACAUCUCGAUUCAGCCUUGCUUCGACCGCAAAUUGGAAGCCGCGCGGGACUCGAUGGCGUCGACUUCAUCUCCGGCGGUGUCGGAGGAGGCGGCGGCAGCACCGGUGUUUUACACCGACUGCGUCCUCAGCACGGCGGAGCUGCUAGAAUGGAUGAAGGAGGUGGACCCCCGCCUGCCAUGGCGGGCACCGCUGUCCAACCGUGCAGCAGCAGCAGGACCGGCAACAUCAUCCGUAGAGCAGCUCUCCGCGCACCUCGCGGAAAACGAAGAGGAGAAGGCGCAGCAGGACGGCGGUCCGGCGUCGGUCGUGUCGGCGGCGGCGCGUGCGGCGGCUCGACUGGCCGGCAGCGGUCGCUAUCAUCAGUGCGUCAUCGCCGAUCGCCUGCGGCGUCAACUCGACGCCUCCGCUACGGCGGCAGCCGGCGACGGCGCCCGCCUUGAUGCCUCGAUGGAGGUCCACUACGAAAUCAAACGAAAUCACAACCAUCAGCUCGCCACCUGCGCCGCGCUGCCCGGCGAGGUCUUCUGCGUCGGCUACGGCUUUCAGCAGAUUCAGAACGUCGUACGCGGUCUCAAGAAAAAGAUGCCGGCGAUGCGCGGGUACACCUUCGUGGAGCUGAUGGCGUGCCCGGAUGGGUGUCUGAACGGCGGAGGGCAGGUCCGCCCAGCGCAGCAACCGCACAGCGAGGUCUUGGAUGCGGUGAUCACCGCGUAUGUGCAGCACCUUCACGCGGACAGGCCUGUGGAAAGGCAGAAGGAUGAGGAUGUUGCGGAGAAAGCCACGCAGCGACGGCGGAUGGAGCUGGCGCCGGAGGCGGUCAUCGACGUUGAGGAUGCUGUGAAGCGUCGUCCGUUUGUGGACGCCACCAUUGCUGCCGUGGCGCCGUCCCUCGGCGAUGGUCUGUGGCGGUGCGCCUUCCGUGAUCGCGAGAAGGAGUUUGCGGAGAUGCUGAACGCGGGGAACAUCCACAGCUUAAAGUGGUAG